AUUAUAUUGAAUUUACGAGUUCCUUACUAAAAUGAAGAUUCUUACCAGCAUUUUUGUUGCGGCGGUGUUCAUUGCCAUCGAGAGUAACUGGACAGUUACUGCUCAAGUUACUUCUCAAGCGGUUGUCGUGAAAAUAGAAGAGGACUUCGCUAAAUUUGAAACGACGGUCAAAAAUUUCGAUACUACAGUAACAGCAACGAAAGAUGGUGAUAAGCGAAAGUGGGAAGCAGCUCUCAGUUCUCAGUUGCUCCAAGACAAUUUGAAGGAGUUUAAAUUACCAGUUACCAAAAUGUCCUUAUUGAAGAAAAACGCAAUAAGCUAUCAACGAUUCAUUAAUGACAUUUAUAAUGAUUUCAAGCAAAAGCACGCAACUGAUAUAAAAAGAAAAAAUCGAUCGGAAAAAUUAGAACUUGCUGCUGAAACGUACUUGAAGCGCUUUGAAAAAGAAGGCAACCAGAUUGCUGAUGUCGAGUUUAAAGUUCACAAUGAAUUGGUAUCUCGAAUUAAGUAUGCAGAAAAACUAACAACAAAUUUGAAAGGGACUGACGUCAAAACUUUCAAAUCUGUCGCUGAAGAGGGCAAAAAAGUGCUGUCUUUGACAAGUACCAAUGUGCUGGAAAUUCGCGAACAAUUGAAACGCUUCAACUACUUAUUGCAACAGGCUAAUGCAAUUAAAAAAUUCUUUGGCGACAAUUUAAUGCAGUUACUCACUAAAGAGUAUUAGCUGCUUUUUAUCUAUUUAAAAAAAUCAAAAACCAUGCAUGACCAAGUGGAUGGCUCUAAGAAGAGACACAUUUCGAAUGGUUUACAUUAAUGCCAUCUGUUGGCUUGGAGAGAUGGGAGAGAUUGUGACAUUUUUGACGUAAUGUAUUUUACGUAUUCAUGUUUUUGGCAAGUCAUUUGUCAAUUUGGAACGUCCUGUUUCAAUAUCAAUCAAAUCACCAACC